CCCUCUCUUUGCCGCAGAGAGCCACUUCCGGUGCCUCGCGUGGCUGAGGCGUGUUGGUUUGCUCCGAGCGUGUUCGCCUUCCUUGCUUUCCGCUGCCAUGAAGCCGAGAAAAAGCAAAAAACGGGUUCCAAGCUUCCGCAAGCUGUUGAAAACAAGUAAAAUAAAACUUGACAACAAGUUAAAAAACAAACAGUUCAAGCAGCAGAGUACUGCCAAGAAAUACCGAAAAGAACAAAGGAAGCUCAGACAAGCUGUCAAAGAUGCUGUAUCCAAGAAACCAAUGCCUUUGGAGGAUAACAAGAAAAAACAUCCAGAAAGGGAAGAAGAAGAAGAGGAAGCUCUUCCUCUUGAUAUGAUGGAUGAAGAUGAUAUGAAAUUAAUGGAGGAACUUGCUCAGAGGGCGUCUUUUAUAACACGAGAUCUUUCUUCCAAUGAACCUGUUCAUGCCAAGAAACGUAAGAAUGAGAGUGUGAUUGAGAAAUAUGAGAAGAAGCCAAGGCGCAUGCAGACUGAGCCUGAAAAAGAACUUAUUCAUCUGCUUCCCAUCAAAGACAAACGUGGAAUUAUUCCACAGACCAUGGAAAAGCCAGUUAAAGAGGAAGAGGAAGAGGAGGAGAUGGAUGAAAUAGAAGAAAUGGAAGAGGCACAAGCUCUUGAAGAACCAUUACCUGUUCUCACUGCUGAAGAACUGCUAGUUCAUAGGAAAAAGAAGCUACAAGAGAAAAAGAUGCACAUAGCUGCCUUAGCAUCUGCCAUCUUGUCUGACCCAGAAAAUAAUAUAAAGAAGCUGAAAGAGUUGCGUGCAAUGUUAAUGGAACAGGAUCCCAAUGUGGCCGUGAUUGUGCGAAAGCUGGUGAUGAUUUCUCUGAUGGAGCUUUUCAAAGACAUUACUCCAUCUUACAAAAUCAGACCUUUAACUGAGAAAGAGAAAAACACAAAGGUUAGAAAAGAAACUCAGAAAUUAAGAGAAUUUGAAGAAGGCAUUGUCAGCCAGUACAAGUUUUAUUUAGAAAAUCUGGAGCAAUCUGUGAAAGAUUGGAAGCAAAGGAAGCUGAAGAAAAGCAACGUGAUUUCACUAAAAGCAUACAAAGGCCUUGCAGAGAUUGCUGUGAAGUGCUUGUGUGAGCUGUUGGUGGCCCUGCCUCACUUCAACUUCCACAAUAAUAUUAUUGUACUCAUCGUGCCACUCAUGAACGAUGCUUCAAAACAGAUUUCUGAAAUGUGCUGUGGUGCAGUAAAGACCCUCUUCAAGCAGGAUAAACUUGGCUAUGCCUCACUUGGUGUGGUGAAGGUGAUUUCUGGCCUUGUGAAAAGCAGGAAUUAUGAUGUUAGACCUGAGGUGCUAAUGACACUAAUUCACCUAAGAAUUAAGGAAGUAGAAGUGAAAAAAGAUGCAGAAGACAUCACGCCAAAGAAGAGGUUCAUGUCUUAUCAAGAGAAACGGAAAAAUCUUUCAAGGAUGCAAAGAAAGUGGAAAAAAGCAGAAGAGAAACUAGAAAGAGAACUCUUAGAAGCAGAAGCCUCAGAGAGCACAGAGAAAAAACUGAAACUGCACACAGAAACCUUGAAUAUUGUAUUUUUAACUUACUUCCGAAUACUGAAAAAAGCACAGAAGUCUCCUCUUUUGCCUGCUGUGUUGGAAGGCCUUGCAAAGUUCGCCCACCUCAUAAAUUUGGAAUUUUUUGAUGACCUUUUGCUUGUUCUACAUUCUCUUAUGGUCUCAGGGGCGUUAAGCCACAGAGAGAGUCUGCACUGUAUUCUUUCUGCUUUCCACAUUUUGUCUGGUCAAGGUGAUGUCCUUAACAUUGACCCUUUGAAGUUCUACACACACCUUUACAAGAUACUACUUAAACUACAUGCAGGUGCUACAAAUGAAGAUGUGGCGAUAGUGCUGCAGUGCCUGGAUGUGAUGCUCACCAAACGUAGGAAGCAGGUGUCCCAGCAGAGAGCUCUUGCUUUCAUAAAGCGCCUCUCCACAGUAGCCCUCCAUCUCCUUCCAGACUCCUGCAUUGGUAUCUUGGCAACCAACAGAACAUUAAUGCAUACUUUCCCAAAGACAGACCUUCUCCUAGACAAUGAAUCUCAAGGGAGUGGACUUUACCUUCCUGAGCUGGAUGAACCAGAGUACUGUAAUGCUCAGAACACAGCACUGUGGGAACUGCAUACUCUGCGGAGACAUUAUCACCCAGUCGUUCAGAAAUUUGCAGCUCACCUUGUGGCUGGUGCCCCAGCAGAAGGAUCAGAAUCUCUUGGGCAUGAAUUUAGUCGGAGGUUGCCUACAGAACUUUUUGAGGCCUACAGUAUGAAAGGAAUGACUUUUAAUCCUCGUGUUGCGUCAGUGGCACCCAGGAAAAAGGGUAAAUUUUCACAAGAGGCAUCAUUUCUGAAUGAAGACUUGAAUGAAUUAUUUAAGGUUUAUUUUGGAAGGCCAGUUCCACAAGGAGCCCUCGAUUUCACGAAACACUUAAAGGGAUUGCCAGUUUCCUAAGUAUAUUACAAACCAUUGCAAUCUAUUUAAAGGAACUAAAUACAUGAAAGAAAUACUCACCUGGUCUACAAAUAAUUUAAAUAAAGUGGGCCUUUUUAUUAUGGAUGCUGGAUUUCCAGGAAUGAAGAAGCAAUUAAUGAACAGCCUGUACUUUGGAAUUCUAGGACCCCUGAUUCCAUAUUUAUUGCUGUAGUUAUUAUGGUUUGUAAGCUUUGAGUUUAUGUAUAAUAUUGAACAAUAUUUUCAUUGGAAAUGGAUGAUUUUUCUAAAAUGACAUGAAUUUGAAUUGAUUCUAGAAAACUAUUUUAAUUGUAUCAAUAUAUAAACCUUUUUUUAAAAGAAAAAAAGAUUUCAGGCCAAUCGUUCUGUUGUUAUCUCACCUACCUAUGAUAUAAAAUAUAAGCAGGUGUUGAAAAACAGUGGUGCGUGGAUAUCCACUCCCACAGAGCACAAUCCCACCGUUUUAUGUUUAUUUUUUAAUUUAAUGUCUCUAUUAAAUGGGCUAUGAGAAAGUGACUGCAAUUAACAUUUAGCUCCUCUCCCCCUACAUUGAGAUUCCCCACACCACAAUAGUUUGUACAGUUAUAAGGUUACUCUUCCUGUAUUGGGCCUAGUAUCACAAAAGCAAAUGGAGAUUCAUCAUAGCAUCUACCAAAAAUUUCUGUGCAUGGCCUAAGUGCCCAACCAGACAUUAUAAACAACUGCCCUGAUGCUUUUUUUCUUUUUAAAUGACAUGUGGGCUAAAUGUUAAGUGGGGAAGUCGUGGGACAAGGAAGGCUGCUUAACUCUUUUCCGUCAGCUAUUUUCCUGCUUCAAAUCUCCCUCCCUACUCCUGCUGAUGGAAAAAAACCCAACUUUUUACCAGGGAAACAUUUUCUGUAAUAUUGCCAUUUCUUCCUUUAAAUUUUGUGUCCCGAGGCUGCUCCCCACUGAAAAAUAAAAAUUGCACCCAGCUAGGUGUAAUGUGUAGUUUUGCCCUAAA